CAUUUAUCAGUAUGGGUUCACAUCUGCCGGUUCACUGGCUUCCUCUAGCUAUUGCAGUAUGGAUGCCGCUGUCUUUUGGCAUCACGUACAUUUUAGCAGUCAGCGCAGGUCAUGUUUACCCAUGGCUGCCCUCCAUCAGUGCCACAGGUACCUCUCCGCCUGAGAGCUGUUGGUUCGGCCUGUUUGUCAACCUCUCCACAUUUCUAUUGCUGUUUGCGGGCUACAUUCGUCAUGCGCAGGUGCGGGAAUACUCUCACUGUCGCCCUACCACAGGUCCCAGAAAGUGUACGAACCUACUCGCUACGACUAUCGGCUUAGUAUCUGUCAUCGGACUAUUCAUUGUUGCCAACUGGCAGAUGACUUCGGCUAUUCGUGUUCACUACUUUGGAUCUCAAUGCUGCUUCUAUGGAGCCAACAUAUAUUUUAUUUUCCAGACAGUGUUCUCCUUCUGGAUGGCCCCACAGCUCAACUCUCUACAGAUAUUCGUACUAAGGGCUCUACUCAGUUUGCUCAUGGUCUCCCUCAACAUAGGCACCAAUGUUUGCAACUACAUGGCCUGGAAGCUAUAUAACAACUUCAACCCAAAUUCCAGUUACAAAGACCAUCUACUGUGGAACCCUACAGACCCAGGCUAUGGCUGGCACUUGGCCUACACCAUCAUGGAGUGGUGUUUAAUGUUAACUCUCUCUCUGGCAGUUCUCUCUUUCUUCCCCGAUUUCCAGAGGAUUAAAUUGGAAGAACCAGCAAUAAAGAUGAAAAGGCUGUGGAAAGAUGAGCGGUCCAGCACAUCAAGAGUAUGAGUGGUUUGGUCAUAAAUAAAAUGUAUAUAAUAAAUAUUAGCAAGUUUUGUA